CGAGAGUCCAACAGCUGGUCGUAAAGCGUUCAUUCUAAUUGGAAUUUAAGCUUGAAAAUUAGUUAAACACGAUCGUACACUAAAAUAUUGUUGUUGAACUGUGCAUGCCAGUUGGCAAAAUGUUUGCACGCACUUUCAAAGUGGUUUAUCGACCGACAAGAAACAACUUCCUGCUGCUACCCGAUCAGUACUACGGGGUCGUUUCAACUUAUGACACUGGCUGCCUUAAGCUGCAGUACAAUGGCCGGAUGCACUAUGCCUCCUGGGCGCCACAGGCGGGCGGCGGCAUCAAAGAUAACGAAAUUGGGAUCAAUGCCAGGGCGGCCAAGGAGCUUGAUCUACAUGAAAAUGACUUGGUCAAGUGCGCCCUCAUCGCUGACGUUCUCAAUCUGCGCAGCGUUCACGUCACUCCCGUCUCGGCCAAAGAUUGGGAGAUCAUUGAACUGAGUACGGAGAAAAUCUCUGCCAGCGUUUUGGAACAAACUCGUAUUGUGAAUUCUCCGCAAAUUUUGCUUGUUUGGAUUAAUAAGUCAAUGCAAGUGGCGCUGACAGUGGAUCGCCUAAAGCCUUACAUGAAAUUUGGACGCAUUGAUCACAACACGCAGCUAAUUGUGGCGCCAAAUCUGUACAAGAAUCUAACCAAUGGUGAUACCAAUGACAACGACGACAAGGAGAGCGCCAAGCUGUCGCGCAGUAGGACUAGCGCACAUGUGCGGGAUGAUGUGACAAUAUCAGCGCCGGCGGGACUCGCUCACUCUGCCACGAUGGCCAGUGUGAAGAACAGUUUGCAGCGCAACAAGCGGCAGGAUCACAUGGAGCGUCUGAAGAAGGAUUUACGGCGUGAGAGCUCGCGUGUGUUUGAGUUUCGCGUCAUUCGGGGAUUGUGGCACGAGAAGGCACAGGAAUCGGAUGUAUACAUAGCUUCAUCGCAUUUGCCGGAAUUCAUGGACUUGGAACAGUUUUACAGCAUGCGCACUGCCGGCGACAAGGAGUACUAUGUGCGUGUGCGCCGAGCCAGCGAGGAUAGCUUUGAUUUGCCGGCCACCAUUCAUCCGUCCAUCAAGCUGAAUGCGAAUCUGAUGAAGCUGCUGAACAUCAAGGAGCUGGAGCGCGUUGUGCUGCGACCAAAGACAACCGUGGUGAACUUUGUGGAGAAGAUUGAGUUGUUCGCUCAUAAGAAGACGCAUUACAAGAUCAUUGAGAAUGCAUUUAAGCGAUUUGUGAUUGAGAAAACACAAAAGGGGCCGAUGUUGCUCAAUCAGGAGGAGGUGGUACGCCUGGAGGAUGAUCUGCUGGUCACCGUCGGCAUAUUGCCCGAACAUUUUCGCUAUUGCGUCGUCGAUGGACAGUUCCUGAAGGAAUCGAAAAUCUAUGCGGCCGAUUUGGUGCGUCCCGUUAACGAAAUCAUCAAGGAACAACCGCCAGCGCCAUCGCCACUGAGUGUUAAGGAUCUAAUCCGGCUGCCAGAGUACGAUAAGAUUGUCGAUGAAGUUGUCAGCGAGCUGCGCAUGAAUCUGUGCCUCAACGCCCAGAACUCGGUGCUGCGCCAGGGCAAUGUGCUCCUGACGGGAGCCGCCGGCACUGGCAAGACGGUGCUUGUGGAGCGUAUACUAGAGCAGCUGGCCAGUCAGCCGGACUACUGUUACUUUGAUAUCUUCUACUGUUCGCGCAGCAAGGGACGCAAAACGGAGUCCAUACAAAAGGAUCUGCGCAACAUAUUCACCACCUGCCUGUUGCAUGCCCCCGCUAUUGUUGUGCUGGAGAAUCUAGAUGUGCUCGCGCAUGCGGCCGGUGAGCAAUCUAGCCAAGAUGGCGAGUACUUCAACCGGAUGGCGGACACCGUCCACCAGCUGAUAAUGCAGUACACCAGCAGCAAUGCCAUUGCCGUCAUUGCCACAGUCAGUGAGCUUCAGACGCUGAACAAGCGCCUCAGUGCGCCACGGGGUCGACAUCUGUUCCAGACCAUUGCCCGACUGCCUAGCCUGGAGCGCGCCGAUCGUGAGAUCAUUCUGCGUGAGCUAUGUGGUCAUAUUGCGACCAGGGAUUUGGACGUAGUCAAGUUCUCCAACCUAACAGAGGGAUAUCGAAAAUGCGAUCUUGUGCAGUUUGUGGAACGCGCCAUUUUCUAUGCCUAUCGUAUCAGCAAAACACAGCCGCUGCUUACGAAUGAGCAACUCAUCGAGUCCCUGGAGCACACGAAUUCCUAUUGCCUGCAGGGCAUUCAAAGCAAUCAAAAGACUGGCUUCGAACCGAAUGAAAUGCGCGUCGAGGAGCUGCCCGGCCUGGAACCUGUGGUUACCGUGCUCGAGGAGGUUCUUAUGUGGCCAUCAACGUACCCAACAAUAUUUAACUCAUCGCCGUUGCGUAAUCAAGCUGGUGUGCUGCUCUAUGGACCACCGGGUACGGGGAAAACGUUUUUGGUCUCGCAACUGGCCAGCUGCUGGAGUCUGCGUAUCAUUUCGGUGAAGGGUCCCGAACUCCUGGCCAAAUACAUUGGCCAGAGCGAGGAGAAUGUGCGCAACUUAUUCAAUAGGGCACGCAGCGCCAAGCCCUGUGUGCUCUUCUUCGAUGAGUUCGACAGUCUGGCGCCGAAGCGUGGCCACGACUCCACGGGCGUAACAGAUCGUGUGGUCAAUCAGCUGCUCACCGAACUCGAUGGCGUUGAGGGACUGCAGGGCGUAACAGUUAUAGCGGCUACAUCGCGACCUGAACUUCUAGAUCCAGCGCUGUUGCGUUCCGGUCGCAUAGAUCGCUUGGUCGAGUGUCCCCUGCCGGAUGCUGUAGCGCGCGUGAGCAUCUUUGAGGCACUGAGCGCAACACUGAAUCUGGAUGAAUGUGUGGACUUCGAUUGGUUUGCGGCUCGAACACAAAACUACACUGGCGCCGAUAUACAGAGCAUUCUGACCUCGGCGAACAUGGCGGCUGUUAAGGAGGCGCUGGCACAAUUCGGACAUGAGGUGUGCAACAAACUGGGCUGCAUUGAGUUCGAGUACAGCCUGAAGGUUCUCGAUCGCAUUCGUGCAGCACCGAUCAUCACGAAAAUGGAAAAUAAGACUGCGCUUGUCAACAACAAUAUGAGCAUCAACUGUGAUGUGUUGUCGCAUAAUGAGGCCAACAUAAAAUGGAUACGCGUUAUACAGCUCAACCACUCACUGCCUCUGAGUAUACCGUUGAACACCUCGGUGGAUCAACCGAAUCUGCUGUUGCUGAACAAUGUGACGCACGAGCUGGAGGGCUGGUACACGUGCAUGGCAUCUAACGCACUGGGAACCAGCAAUAGCAGUGUCUAUGUGCAUGUCGUCGAUCAUCUGCCGUAUCGGCAUGUGUGGGAAUGGUUGCGAUCGCAUCCCCUUACCUUCACUGUCACCGUGGGGAUGUUAAUAAUGCUGUUCAUUUUGGGUAGCGCCUUUAUUGUCUAUAUGCUGCGCCGUCUGAAACGGGAAAAGCUGCUAAAGCAUCGCAUCGAGACGGUGCAUCAAUGGACCAAAAAGGUAAUCAUCUAUAAGCCGGCCAGCGUCGACGGCAGCUCCUGUGGGGUAGAUCUACAGAUACCGGUUAUCAAGAUUGAAAAGCAGCGCACCACCUUCUCCAACACGACAACUGGUGGUUCAAUGGAUCCAACACAGGCCUUCAAUGAGUACGAAUUCCCGUUGGAUGCGAACUGGGAGAUACCCAGGCAGCAGUUGUCGCUGGGAUCCAUUCUGGGUGAGGGUGCUUUUGGUCGUGUUGUUAUGGCCGAGGCGGAGGGCUUGCCACGUAGUCCGCCGCCUUCCAAUAACGGCAUGGGCAUCAUUGUCGCCGUGAAAAUGGUUAAAGAGGAGCAUACGGACACUGAUAUGGCCAGUCUGGUACGGGAAAUGGAGGUGAUGAAAAUGAUUGGCAAGCAUAUCAAUAUCAUCAAUCUGCUGGGCUGCUGCAGUCAGAACGGUCCCCUGUGGGUCAUCGUCGAGUAUGCACCCCAUGGCAAUCUCAAGGAUUUUCUGAAGCAAAAUCGGCCCGGUGCACUGCAACGACGCAGCGAUAGCGAUGGCUAUCUGGAUGAUAAGCAAAUCCAGCCAUUGCAGAAGCUGGGCGAAAAGGAGCUCACCAUGUUUGCCUUCCAGAUAGCUCGCGGCAUGGAAUAUCUCGCCUCGCGACGGUGCAUCCAUCGCGAUUUGGCAGCGCGAAAUGUGCUCGUCAGCGAUGGCUAUGUGAUGAAGAUAGCGGACUUUGGACUGGCCAGAGAUAUACAGGAUACGGAAUAUUAUCGCAAGAAUACCAAUGGACGACUGCCCAUCAAAUGGAUGGCGCCUGAAUCAUUGCAGGAGAAGUUCUACGACUCCCAGAGCGAUGUGUGGAGCUAUGGCGUGCUGCUGUGGGAAAUAAUGACAUAUGGCGAACAGCCGUAUCCGAAUAUAAUGUCCGCUGAGGAACUCAACAGUUAUUUGAUAAGUGGCCAGCGCAUGGAGAAGCCAUCAAAGUGCUCGCUGAACAUUUAUGUGGUGAUGCGACAGUGCUGGCACUUUGAGUCCUGUGCGAGGCCCACGUUCGCGGAGCUGGUGGAGAGUUUCGAUGGGAUACUGCAACAGGCUAGCAGUAAUCCCAACGAUGCGUAUUUGGAUUUAUCGAUACCAAUGCUGGAGACGCCGCCUUCCUCAGGCGAUGAGGAGGAUGGCUCUGAAACAGAAACAUCCCGAGAGACUUUACCGCUUAGAUAUCAGUACACAUAUAAGUUUAACUAGUGCUAGGCUAAUGGCUUUACCAAUAAUUUUCAUCGACCAUCCAUUAAAAUACUCAUCAAUAAAUUA